CGCGCCUGCUUCCAUAGCCUCUUUCAAGUUCGCAUUAUUUAAAUCGAUUUCGGUGAAAGUAACAAAACAAUACAAAUUGCUAAUCUCUACAUCCCGAAUGUUCAAGAAACAGGUCUCGGAACUGCAAUUGCCGCCUCAGCAGCUUGGGCUUCUAAGACAAGCGGGCUAUGACACCAUUGACGAUCUAAUAGCAGCGACACCAGAGCAAUUAGCUCACGACUUGGACAUACCAAUCGAGGCUUCUCAAUCGAUCCUCUUUGCAACUCAGACGCAAAGAGCCCCUCCGUUGACUCAAUCAGCCGCUACAUUACUCUCCCAAAACUUGAAGCAAUACACCACAUAUUGCCAGCCACUCGACGCUCUCCUCAAUGGCGGAAUAACACCAGGAUCCAUCCUCGAAAUAUCUGGCCCUCCAGGGACCGCAAAGGAAGCUCUGGCAGUAAACAUUACACGCAGUUUCCUUGAAGCAGAACACGAAAUUUUGUUCGUCGAUAUGCAGAACAUGACUCCCGCUGCCCAACUGCGGGAGGUCCUACGCCAAUAUACUGACCUUCCUGAGGACUACGGAACCCGAAUAUCCCAUUUCAGCAUCUUUUCACUCCCGGAAUUUUUGGUCUUCCUUCACCAGCUUCCUUCAUACUUUCCUGAACAUCCAAAGGUUGGACUUUUGGUGAUUAACUCACUAUGGUUCCCAUUUCAAGCCUCGUCGAAUCUGCCAAAUUGGACUCGAAAUGCGCUUUUGCUUAGAGUGCAGGAAACGCUCACGAAGGUCGGCGCCUCAACUGGAGUUACUGUGGUCGUUACGACUCAGCUCGCAACAAAGCUUGUCAAAGAUGACGGCACCACCGCCAACUUUGAAACCGGAUCUAAAGCUAUAUUAGUGCCGCAGCCCGGGAACACUUACCUCCCAAGCGGAAAAUCGUUUAGGGUUAUCAUCGUUCCGCACACUCGAACUACUGGAGUACUACGCCUGCUCACCGCACCAAUGCACGUUCGAGGUUGGAAUCCAACUAUCAACAAAGAAGAGAGUUACGAAAUGGUCGAAGGGAUCAUGCAAUGACAUCCGACAUACGCAGCAAAACAUGAGCGUGCAACUUCAUCUCGCAUUCUUUUGCGGCACAUCAUCGGUUUAACAGGUGCAUCGGAUUUUUGCCCUACAAGGCAACUCGUUUAUCGUCUUGAGGAAAUGAAUCGGCUUCCCUACUCCUUCCUCGCAGGAUACCGUCUGGACCGACUAUUACGUCCAUCUUCCAAUCAUGCUCCCCAAUCGGAAUCUGUCCAUCUUCCAGGAUUUGCUCUCGAAGAGCCAAAGCGACUGAUUGCAGGAACCACGUAUUAAGGAUCAUGAAUCGGGAAGUAGGAAGCAGGCAGUGUGCAUCAGCUGUCUUCAUCUAGAGCCCAAGGUCCGAGGUUCACAUACCAAGAACCGGCACACGUCCACCAUGCGCAGAUGUGUAUGUCUUAAUAAAUCUAUCAUAGAACCCUUUGCCGUG